UACAGUGAAGCAUAAAUAAUGCUCAUUCUCUAAAUGGCGGUUGCUGACGCCAUCCUUGUCCGAGAUGGGCGCCUGCUGGAGACGCUCGCCCCAGGAUCGCGCAAAGCGCCGAGGACGAGUUGUUCGCGGUCGCGUGGUACGGUCAGAGUACCCGACUAGGAAGCAGCACUUGCACAGGAUUGCUUUCCAGAUUCCGUAAAAGAUUGUGUUAACCUUAGUUUUGAUAAUACGCCCAGGUAUUCCAUCGCUGUCAUUGGAUCCACUUUUCGUUUAACUUGUUUUUAAGGGCAGUUACUUCAUGGCUUAGAUUUUGCAAAGCUUGAGAUCUGUGCCCUGUUGUUUUCCUGUAUUUGAAAUAUAUCGCUCUUAAAAUGCUAAAAACUAAGAACAGUGGGAGAAUGAUGGCACCCUCUAUAAGGGAGGUUGAGAAGUAAAAGACAUUAUCUUUUAAAAAAUUUUGCCCAAAAUACUGUAUCCACGGAAGUGAAAAAAAGACAACGGACAUUGUCGUAGUCUGUAAGCCUUUAAUCGAGAAUUUGGAGAAUUUACAACUUUUAAUACCCUAAUAGUAAAUCUCAGACCGGGAGUUUGGAUUGAGGUAGUAAGACCUAAUGAUUAUUUCCCCUGCUAUACUGAGGCCACACACAGUAGUUAACUUCCGUUGAACGCUGAUACUCUUCAUUGUACAGUAAUAUGGCUAAGGGUUAAAAUUAACAUUUUUUCCUGUUGGGAAAGUUCCUUGAUACUGUUGGAAAUUACCUACUCUUCUGGAAUCUUAUUCCAUUGGACAGAUGGAGGCAAAACAAACAGAACCCAUGAAUCAAAUCUCUGGGUUUUAGAAUUGAUCUAAAUUUACAGUUAACAACCAGAAAAUAUUAAAGGCUUCGUAAGUGAUGUGGCCUUAAUUUACAUAUUUACAUAACUCACAGCUACAUCAAUAUUUGCAUUACUCUGAUUACUAACUGUUUGGCAUUAAUUUGUUCAGGGAAACUACACCACAUUUACCAGAUUUUUUAUGGUCAGAAAUCUAUUGAAAGCAAAAGAUAAUUUGAGAGGGACUUGGAUCAAGAAUGGAUUCUCUUAACUGUGCAAAGGCAUCUGAUACAGCUAUGGAAACUGAGAAUCAGAGUGACAACUCUUCCUCUGGUAGCAGCUUAUUUAAAACUCAGUAUGUUCCUGUUCCACCUAAACAGAAGCAAAGAAACACUGUUAGAAAAUUCGUUCACAUACCCAAAAGUACUCAAGCAACAGAGUCAUCUAGUGACUCAUCUAUAGAGCCAAGACCACUGACUUUAAAGGCUAUUUUUGAAAGAUUCAAAAAUAAGAAAUAUAAACGUAAAAAGAAGAAAUACAAGCCAACGGGAAGAUCAGCAGGAAGACCAAAAGGAAGGAGAACCACUAGAUUCUCACAAAUUACUGAGGAACAAUUUAAAGACAAAAGACCUGGUUUCCCAUUUUUAGAAUCAGAAAAUGGAAGAAAACCAUUACCUUGGAGAAAAAUUUUAACCUUUGAGCAAGCAGUGGCAAGAGGAUUUUUUAACUACCUUGAAAAACUGAAGUAUGAAUACUACCUCAAGGAAUCCUUGAAGCAGAUGAAUGUUGCUGAAGAUUUAGAAAAAGAAGACUUUGAUAGUCGAAGAUACAGAUACUUGGAUGAUGAUGGAUCUCUCUCUCCUAUUGAAGAGUCAGCCACAGAGGAGGAGAUUGCAGCAAACCUUGAACAUGAUGAAUGUGAUAUUAAGUUGGUGGAGAAUAGUUGUUUCAUAAUAAGUUCUGAAUUUCCAAAGAAGAAUGUAUAUUUGGAUCAAGAGGAAUAUACUGAAGAAACUGCUUUGCUUAAAAAGAGAACAUCAAAAUCUAAACACUGGACAGAGGACAAAAUGGGCUAAAGAGAGACAGGAUUAUAAAUACCAGACAAGGUAAACAGAAUAAAAGCGAAGAUGAUAAGUAUGAAUAUAUAUGCCAGCCUUAGAAAAAAAAAAAAACCCUGUAAGAAAAUAAAGAAUACUUCAAACAGAUUUGUGAAACUCCUGAAGUAGUAAUUAUCAUAAAAAUUAUGUAGAAAAAAUUUGAGGCUGUUAACAGCAGAGACUGACUUGACAAAUAAUAAACAAAAGUCAUUCUGUUUUUGCCUAUGAUGGUUUAUUUCUAGGUAAGAGAACUUAAAAGGUACCAUUUGAGCACUGAAUCAAAUAACAGAUUAUAAUCUUGAAAAGUUUGCAUAAACUGAUUUUUUUUUUCUCAGCUACUCUCCUUACUGUACCUACAACUUCCUGUUUUUGUUUUACUUAGACAAGUUUAGUGUGAAAUGCUGAGUACUGUAAUAAUUUUCCCUUCCUAACUACCUGUAUUUCAAUAUCAUUUCAUCCCCACUGUAUGUAAUACAUUUUACAGUAGCACUUGUGUUUGUUUUUGUUUAAUUUGUGGACAAAAACUUACAGACAAGUGCGAAAGUAAGUCCUCUUUUGCAACCCACAACUCAUUGUUCAGUAUGAGUUUUGAUACAGAUAAGAAGGAACAUGAUCCAUAAAAUGGGUGUGUAUUGAUGAGCAUAAAGAUUGCUUCCAGGGCUAUAAAGUUAAAUAAGCUUUUAAAUUACCAGCUGUAUUGAUCCUAGUACUCAGUUUUAAUGUUGACAUAAAACAAACAAAGAUGGGCUCCUUUUUUUAGGCUUUUAUCUUCGGAAUACAGUGUCUGGAUUUUCCAAAGGUAUUGGCAUAUCCCAAUGAUCUCUGUCAAGUUUUAGGGUGUGAUAACUUGGGAAUUAAUAUUAUUUGAACUUUAAGCUUUUAGAGAACUAGACAUCCCAUCUCCUGACCCUAAACAGGAUCCUAUAGUGAACUGCUUGAGGAAAUUGGAUCUUAAAGAUUAUAGGUGGCAAACUUUGAAGUGCUCUCCAUUGAAGAUCAAAGAGGCCCAACUAAAACAGCUGUGGCAAGCAUCACAGCUGUGGACUGAGCAGAACUUUUUGUAAGGGCUGCCUUGAAGAUGACAACUUUGGAGGAACUAUGGUGACUGGCAGUGGAAAGAAUCAGGACGUGUGAAAAAUCCUUAAAAAUUUAUUGACUCAAAUAACUUUGCCUAUGUUAUGAAUAAAAAGAAACCUUUGUGCAGAAAGUCA